UGUUUUUUAUUUAUUAUUGAAUAAUGUGAGUGACUGUUUGAUAAAUACUAGUUAAGAUUGCUAUUCAAAAUACCAUUAAACUCAAAGAAUUUUUGAUAAAAAAACUGUUACGGUUGAUUGAACCUCCAAAAUUUAUACUAUUUAUGAUCAAAGGAUCUUUUAGAGGCACUGGGAAGUAUUCUUUUUCUUAUCUCUUUACAUGAGCCUUUAUUCGUGACAAGCUGAUGAAGACUUUGAAGCAAUGCUGAUUCAGAAAACCACGUAGUCCUUUAUUUCUUCAUUCUAUAAAUUGCAUCCCCCAAUGGAUUUUGGAGCAAAGAGCACGCCUUAGGAAUCUCAAGAACUUGAAGCAGGAGAGGAAGUGAGGAGAAUCUGUUAUUCAGAAUGAAGAAUCAAAGCCAGGGUUCAGUCAUAGGUUUUCCUAUUAGAUCUGUGACGGGAAAACCUUCCAUUAAUGAGCCAAUUGUUGCAUACAGUCCUAUACAAUACGGCACAUCUCAUCUCAAGCAAAAGAGAUUGGAGUCCAUCAUUGACCUGAUGAACAAGUUCAGAAGAAAAGCUGAUAAUCUUGCGCAAGGCAUCAGAGAUCAUGUAAGCUUGGGACCAGGAGUCUCUGAAACUGUGAAAGGGAAGUUAAAGUUGGGCACGAGGAUUCUUCAAGCAGGAGGAAUUGAGCGGGUAUUCAGAAAAAGUUUUGCAGUUGUUGAGGGUGAAAAGCUGGUUAAGGCAUUCCAGUGCCAUCUUUCAACAACGGCUGGUCCCAUUCCAGGACUCCUCUUCAUUUCAACAGAGAAGAUUGCUUUCCUUAGUGACCGAUCUCUGGUGUUCAGAUCACCUAAAGGAAAUGUUGCCAGGAUUCCUUACAAGGUACUGAUUCCACUGAGAAGGAUAAAAGGUGUAAAUCCAAGUGAAAAUUCUAACAAGCCAAAUCAUAAGUAUAUUCAGAUUGAAACUACUGAUGAUUUUGAGUUUUGGUUCAUGGGAUUUGUUUGUUAUCAAAGAUCGUUUAAGAUUUUGAAGCUAGCAACAUCAGAAUCACAAAUGGGCAUUUUGAAGUUAAAAGGAUGAAGAUUAAGAUUAGGAUUUAUGUACAUGAAAAUAGAGAAGUGAGAUAAAAAAUAAAAAAUAAAAAAUAAAAAAAAAUCUUGUUACUGGCGAUGAGAUUCCUCAUUAUUUAGAGCGGUCAUCUUGUUGCCAUCCUUCAAGUUUUGAGUUAUCAUCUCUAUUUGUACAGCUUCGUCGUAGUAGUAUUGAAAGGAAUUUUCCUAGUGAAAUGUUUGUUUUCCUUCGUUUAAA